AGUUGACCAAGUACAAAACUGUUGCGUAAUGUUUUUGGAAGUUCAAAGUGAAAGUGCAGCGAGAAGAGAGGAGUCGGUCUUGUCGAAGUCUGGCGCCAUGAACAACCUUAAUGAUCCUCCAAGGUUGAACAUCCGGCCUGACGAGAGAGGAGGUGGUGAUGGAAACAAAUGGAAUUAUGCCUUGCUUGUGCCAAUGCUAUGUCUAGCAGCAUUUAGGUGGAUUUGGACAAGGGAGUCUCAAAAAGAGAUACAGGAAGUAAAAGCAACAUAUGAAAAAAAUACGAAAUCCAUAAAGAAGGAUCUAGAACUGAAAUACCGGGAUAUUUACACACAGCAGCACCAAACUGUGGCUCGCCUUCAGCUGGAAUUGAAAAAGGAGCAAAGUAGGGUGCAGGGUUACCAGGAUGCUUUUAUAUCACAAAGCCACAGGCUUCUAGAGCAGCGAAAACUGUUGCAGCAAGAGCGCGAGAAGAUUGAGAAGGAAAAACAGCAGCUACUGCAAUCAGGGGCUGCAGCUGCCUUGUACCGUAGCAUUUUGGAGAAGGAAAGUGAUUGGCAAAAUAAAGCCAUGUUUGUACUAAAACAGUUUGAGGAAUCAUUGCUAGAAAGGCAAAGUGCUUUUUGUAGUGUUCUUGUUUACCGAGACAGGCGACUGGAGAUGGAGAAGAAUUUGCUCGUUAAAGCUGCCACAGACCCAGUCGCUGUGGAACUGAAAAUGGAAGCUGGUCUUAAAAACAUUUUCAAACAUGACAAUGUGUGUGCUAACCGAUUAAACACAGAUAAACGCAAAAACGGAAGGUUGAUGUGGCUUUUUCUCAAACAAUGGGAGCUACAGGUUGAACUACAGAAGUUUAAGAGAGCAGAAAAAUCUCUGUUGGAAACGCAAUCAAACGAAGUGACCUCGUAACUUGAAACACCAGUAGAUACCCCAAAACCUUCUGCAUAUGUUGCUUUGUUAAAAAAUGUAUAUAAGCUUUAGUAAGUGAUGGAUACACUUUUUUUUUUUUUUUUUUACAUUUCAUGGAGUGAUAAGUUUUUUUGUAUGAUUUAUCCUAGAUGUGAAUCUAUUGUAGAUAUUAAUAUCACCUAAGACAAUGCAGAUAUUGUUAAUUUAGGCUUAGGAUAAUUGUUGUUGUUGUUUUGUUUUUUCAAAUCCCCAAAAUAUAUCAAUAAUCAUGAAAACAAAAGAAAUUGAAUGUCAGACAUCAAAAAAGUAACCCAAUGCAUAUUGCUUUAGAUGCAAAACAUAACCUGUACAUUUUUUUUUAUCAGCGCCAAGAAAGGGAGAGUAAAAUUUUGAACAUUAAAGGAAUGCUAAACUCACAAGGAGUCAUAAACUAGUGCUUAUCUAAUAAUAAUAUAAAGCCCAUAUUUAAUAAGUUAUUCCAGAUAAUUUAAUAUUUUUUAAAUGCACAUUUUCUUUGUCUGGUUUAUAUCCAUGGAUAUUCAGGGGACAGACAACACAAUAAUAAAUAACAACUGCAGAUUCAAAUUUAUAACACAUUGGACUAAAAUACUUCCAGAAAUUAUAAAGUAUUUGGUGAAGGCCUUCAAUAUGUAUGUAAAAAAAAAAAAAAAAUUCUUACAGAUCUUUAAAGGGAAUGUAAUUUGCUCCUGAUUUAAAUCACAAAGUAAAGCACUUUGCCCUUAUGCUUGUGUUUUUCUAAGUUUCCUCAAAAUCAGGUCCUAUGUAUUUUUUCACAGGGGCUUUUGCUGGCUCUGUUUCCUAGGAAAGGAAACAGAAAUGCAAUCCCAUCAUAACUCACUUUGUGUUAUAUGUGCACUUAUUGCUGAUGUAUGUUGUUUGCUAACUAGAUGUACAGUACUUGCCCAAAAAUGUUACAUAUAAAUGGCAUGUGUAAAUAAACAAACAGAAAAUAAUUUGCAAUGUUUGUUUGGUACUUUAGUGUUUAAUAUUUUACAGUGUUAAAAAUCGUACAUAGUUUUUAGAAAUAGUUAUUGAAACAGUUGGUAUUCAAACCUUUUAACUACCAGUCUGGGCUAUCUGUAUUCAAGUAUAAAUGUACCUUAAAAAAAAAACCUGCAGGUGCGAUUUCCUUGGCUUGUUUCAAGAGGCUUCACACCCAUCUUCCCCUCUGCCCCUUCGGCUACAUUCUCCUCCUGAACACUGAAUCUGGCCUGAGAGGCCUUGCUUUUCAAGCCCUUUGAUACUUGGAAAUGUAUAAUUGCCAUACUUCAGAGGUAUGUUCUAUUGAUGUUAUUUAAGAAUGUGCUAUACUGAAAUUGUAAUAAUUGUAUUGGCAUUUGUUGGCAAGUGACUGAUUUGUCCUUAAGACCCCUUGGGAAUGAGAUAUAGAUCCUAAUGACUUCCCAUGCUGA